CGUCUUUGUUGGAUGCGCAUCUUCAUGGAAUCAUCUUAACAGAGAGUCAAUAGAGUUGAGAGCCAUGGUCACCAUCAACGAAACUGCUCUCGACAGGCACCAACCUCCCCCAAGUUUUCUUGCAACCCGCGUCAAACCAAAAACCACCACCGCUGUUGACCAUUGGAGGUCAGGUCAAGAAGUUUCUAUUCAGCUGCUGCUGCAGCCUGGAGACCGAGAUAAAAGGGAAAAGGGGGAAAGCCACUAGAAAGUAAUUUGUGAAAAUCUCACCCAAGUAUGGCGUUGAAAGUUCUUUCGGCUCUCGACAGCGCGAAAACUCAGCUCUACCAUUUCAAGGCAAUCAUCAUCGCCGGCAUGGGACUAUUCACUGACGCCUACGACCUCUUCUGCAUCCCUCCCAUCAUGACUCUCAUCGGACGGGUUUACUACGAGAAAGAGGACGAUAAGUAUCGGGUCCCACCCGGCGUGGUCUCGACCAUGGUGGCGAUCGCUCUGCUGGGAACUGCGAUCGGUCAAGUGGUCUUCGGCAGGCUCGGAGACCGAAUCGGUAGGCGGCGCGUGUACGGAACCGCAUUGCUGAUUAUGGUGCUGAGCUCACUCGGGUGCGGGUUCUCGAUAUGCAGGGAGAGGGGUUGCGUUCUGGCCAGCCUGGGGCUGUUCAGGUUCGCACUGGGCCUGGGGAUCGGUGGGGACUACCCGUUAUCGGCAGUCAUCAUGUCUGAGUUCGCGAACAAGACGACACGUGGAGCGUUCAUAGCGGCUGUCUUCUCGAUGCAGGGAUUUGGAAUUUUGGCCGCUUCAUCGGUCACGAUGGUGGUGUGCUCAAUCUUUGACCAUGCGUCGAAAGCAUCCCAGGGUGAUUCAACGCCUGAUGAGGCUGAUAUCGCUUGGAGGCUGAUACUGAUGCUGGGUGCGAUUCCCGCUGCCUUAACAUUUUAUUGGCGAAUGAUGAUGCCCGAAACUGCCAGAUAUACAGCUUUGGUGGCUCAAAAUGUUCCCCAAGCGGCUAUAGAUGUGCAGAAAGUGUUAGAAGUUCCCAUAAGUGAGAUUACCGAAGAGAACCCAGUGCCUCUAAAUCCACUAACCUAUCCCCUAUUCUCCAAGCAAUUCUUUUAUCGCCAUGGCCGUGAUUUAUUAUCUUGCUCCUGCACGUGGUUUCUUCUCGACAUUGUCUUCUACAGCAGCAACCUCUUCCAGUCCCAGAUAUACAAGCACUAUCUCCCGGACAAAGACGAGGUGAAUGCCUAUAAAGCAGCUUUUGAAGUUGCAAAACUCCAAGCAAUUGUUGCAGCCUGUUCUACCAUUCCAGGUUACUGGUUCACUGUCUAUUUUAUUGAUAUCGUUGGAAGAGUCAGAAUUCAAGCAAUGGGUUUUCUCUGCAUGGCACUGGUUUAUCUAGCAAUUGGGAUACCCUACGAUAUACAUUGGAAGGACAACACAAAUGUAGGGUUCAUGGUCCUCUACGGCCUCACCUUUUUCUUUGCAAAUUUCGGACCAAACACAACCACCUUCAUAGUGCCCGCGGAGCUUUUCCCGGCAAAAUUUAGAACAACAUGCCAUGGGAUUUCUGGUGCUGCAGGGAAGGUGGGGGCAAUCAUUGGUUCUAUUGGUUUUUUGUGGGCUUCACAUAAAGGUAAAGAUGAAAAAGAAAGGGAGGGCUAUCCCGAAGCAAUUGGAAUGACUGCAUCAUUGAUAUGGCUUGCCGGAGUUUGUCUUGCGGGAAUGGCGGUGACAUUGCUUUUCACGCGUGAGACCAUGGGGAGAUCAUUGGAGGAAAAUGAGAAUGAUCAAGAUGGACCUGGCGAGCUGCGUUUGGGUAGAAUUCCUUCUGGUGCUGCAUAGUGGGAUUCGGAUCUAUCUCUUACGUGGAUCUAGAAACCACCUCUGCUCCGGGGUGGUGGUUUUUGUGCUGGCGUUUGGUAGGCAUUUGAAGUCAGGUUUCGGUGUGAUCUUACGAGCUCUGUUUUCACCUAAAAAGAACAGAGGGCUGAAACACGUCUGGGAUGGAGGGGUGGCGGCACGAACAGAUCGUCCAGCUAAACCGAAAUAUGCUACUAGCCUUUCCAGGAUUCCCUGGUUUGUGUGAUGGAGUUUGGUUAGCCUCUAAAGCCGAGUUUCGACAUGAGCUCAUGGGCUCGGUUCAUCUAGAAAAACAGAGGGCUAUUCCGAAGCACACUACCAGCCAUUCCAAAGCACGCUUUUGGUCAUUCGAAGUUGUCUGCGAGUGGUCCAAGAAGCAUAGCAGCGUGAGAGACGACGGCAUGCUCAAGUGGUAGUGGAGGGGCACUCUGCAACCGGGAAGAUGCAAAGGAAAAACGAGAAGAGGGCAGGUGGCAGCGGCAGAAGAAAGUUGGAAACCCUAACGAGCUGGGCCCCACGUGCACACUAGCUGGGCCUUUUUGGCUUAGUUUGGGCCCACUUUUUUUUACAGCCCAUUGCCAUUUUAUUUGUUUUAUGUAUUUGUAGUUUUUGUUUUUGUUUCGGUUGUUAAAAAUAAACAAGAAAUAUGCUAGUGUCCCACUCUUCUUUUGGAGGAAGGUGGAUGUUUGUCCUGCUCCCAUUUUGGAGGAGGGUAGGUAUUUGUAUUCUUCCUCCUUGAGAGGAGAGAGUGUGGUUGUACUCCUCCUCCUUAGGAGGGUGCAGCGUGGUUGUACAUUUCUUCUUUAGAAGAAAAGUCGUUUAGCUCUGUUUUAACAGAUCGCUUUUUCUACUGAUUGUUGUCAGGAGAGAAGCUAUAGAAGUUUUAGACAAUGUCUGUCACAAAGAAAUUUGUUGGCAGGGGAGCCCCUAACAGAUGAGCAGUUUGGCUGA